AUGGCGCCGGGGCCGGGCCGGGCGACGGGGUCAGGGGCGGGGAGCGCCGGAGGAAGCGGCGGCGGCGGCGGCGGCGGCGGGAAGGAGGGAGGGUGGCCGCGAGGGCCGGGGGAGGCCGGGGCGGGGCCCCCGGGGGAGGCGAGGCGAGGUCUAAGGAGAGUCGGGGCGGCUGGCUCGCUGACCCCCUCCUCGUCUCCUUCCUCGUCGUCGUCGUCGUCCCUCGGCCUGGGCCACGAGCCUUCUCACGGGCUCCUCAGGGCAAACCGGCGCGGCUCCGGCUCAUUGUGUCCGCCAUUUUGGGGCGAGAGGCAGAAGCAGGGGGCGCGGGGGCGCGGAACCACCGCCGCCAGCGUAGUGCACUGUGGGAAAGGAAUCAGAAGGGAGGGGGGCUUGUGCGGGUGGGGGGAGGGGGCGCGGGGGGCGGCGGUGGGAAAAGGUGGGAACCGAUGCGUCGCGGCGCCUUAUGGGAUCGUCGAAAGUCCUGCCCCCUAG